AUGGAUGCGGAUGCGUCCUUGACCAACCCAGAGGUAAAUGUACCACGCACAGAUGGGAACAUGUCAUCUCUUGGAGUCGACACGGUAGAGGAAGCGCAAAGACUGGCCAUCCAGCAUCAAGUCUAUGCGCUGGUGGCAACCCAUGCACAUGUGGAUGAGCAUCCAGAGCUCGUCGAGCAGUAUAAUACACUCGUUCAAGCCUCAGAUUCCCCGGGAAAACCGCCGCCUCUACAUGAUUUUAUCGACAUCCUUCCCAGCGAGAUCAGCCUCAAGAUUAUCACAGAGGCGCUCCACGUUUAUUUUGCCGAACACCGCCUGUUGGACCGACUUCUCGCACUCACGCUCGUCAGCCGGCGAUGGGCAAAGGCGCUGUGUAACGCGCCAAGUCUUUGGGGCCAUAUUCUCAUCGGGGAAAGACCUAGGGGGGAAGAUGCGAUGGCGGGUUUAGUGACUGCACUUACACUCUCCCGCGAUUCACCUAUUAUUCUAUUCGUUGCGGACCGGGUGACAGGGCCAGAGUGGGGCGAUGCUCUUCCCGUUCUGCUACCUCAUGCGAAACGGAUAGAAUCGAUUCGCAUCAUUUAUGGAUCCAGUUUGGUUCCAUUCACCAAAGUUAAAGGGCCAUGGGCCUUCACCUGGCUCACUCGAGAAGAGAAGGCCAUUGUGAAUAACUGCCUGCCCAAUACCGCUGCAAACAAUAUCGCCAGGGGUGGGUGGUGCGACCUCACACGAGCUGCCGACUAUUCCAAACAUGAGACCAUCAAGAUGCGAUACUCUGGCCAAACAAUGAAGGAGUUUGCAGAGAUAUUGGAUGGGUUCACUGCAAUGACCUUCCUACGCCUCUCUUCUAAGUGGUCGAGUGCGGAGGGAUACUGGAGCCAGCCGGAAACCCUUCUACCGCAGCUGCAAAAUCUCUCCAUGAAUACCAAAGUCCCAGAAGAGCUAGCACUCUACUUGAUGCAAGCGGCUACAAAUAUUGUCUCACUAACUGUCUCCCUGACGCCAGCGCUCUUGAUUGAGCUGGGAAUGAUCCUUGAUCAAUUUCCGAAUCUGGACCAUGUUGCACUGCGCGCGAGACUCGACUUGUCCUCCCGUGUGCCUUUGUUCGACCUUGCCACGCUCCAUAUAUCCGAGGCGACGAGGAUGAUGUUUCAGCAUAACUGGCCACGCGCGCAGUUCCACCAUGGUGAUAUCGAGGGCAAUGUGGAUGUGAACGGACAAUCUGCAGCGACAGUGUCGGACACUGAUAGUGUCCCAAGCCCCGUCGAAUGGGAAGAAGUAGGAGACGAGGUUCAAGAAGCAGACCCUGUGGAAGGAGAAGAGCUACUGGAUGAUAUUCUUGGUUCGGGUGGACCUAUCCAGGAGGCUACAGUAGACAGCGACUUGUCGAGCUCCUACAGUUUCGACGUCGAGGAUGAACUGGAGACAGACGACACCCCACACAUCUUUUCCCAACGUUUGGAGCGCCUUCGGUUCUUCUUCAACGUGCUCAAAGUAUGCUUUCCACGGCUACGGAGCCUGUAUGUUGUUCUCCCACCAUCCAACGAGGUGCCGACUCUGUUCAUUCAAUCGCUCCACGAGCUCAAAUCAAUAUCACUCCGUGCAUCCCAGCACGUCGUGACACCAGCGCCGAUACAAGUAAUCACGCAUGAGACCCUGGAGACGGUGACGGUCUGGCAUGGCCAUUGUUUGACCGAGCCGACACCCAUCGGGGCACUCUUCCGUGGCCCAAAAUUGUCGAACGAUGACACCCACGCUCCUGGCUCGAGGUCCUACAACUUUCUCCCGGAACCCCUCCAGCACAAUACGUGCAAGAAUAACAUGACUGGCAUCGACGAAGAUGCAUUUGGUCAACUGAUGAGUGUCGAUAUGCCAUGGUUCCACUGGCGACUCGACCUAUUGACUUCGGUGCGGACUAUCACCUUCAGCUCAAUAGGAGCGGAGGGCAAUCCAACGGACCUGUUUAUUCAUUUGAUCUACAAGCCGGAACUAUGUCCUAAUUUGGAGGAAAUCGGCCUAUCUCAAUGUCCCGAGUGGGAUUACUUGUUCAUCAUGCUCGAACGACGAAACCUCCUGCCCAACUCCAAAGUCUCGCGCAUCAAGAAGUUAUCGCUACCGGCAGUCCCAGCAUAUGUGAUCCUCAAUCCUCUUACCCACCUCCUUCGUGGCCAAGUGGCACCUCGCCCGUCCAACCGAAUACUGUCAAUAGAAGGGAGAAUGAAACAUAUACGGAACGCCAAGAGACCUGGCUGUUCGUCCUGUUGCUGGCUGAUGUACAAAUGCGACGCACCGAUAAAGACGCUGAGUGGGGGGAUGUUGAGACAAGAAGAAUGGUCUGCCAAGUAUACGCUGUCACGGUUUGACUUUAGGAGACGACAGGCGCCACCAGCAGCAGAGCCGCCGCUGGACCCAACGACGGUACGGUAUGUGAAGGGGAGAGAAAAGCGAGAACGACAAUGGGCUGGCUACAUCCCAAAGCGGGGAUUUGACCGUUAUGAACGACGGCCGUAUGCGUGUGGAGUGCGUAAUGGAGACCUGAUGGCGCUGAUCACAGGAGACAUGCUUACUGGGAUCCCCGUUGGCUAA